UCUCAACCAAUAAGGGAGGGGAGAGGGAGAGAAUUUGGAACUGAAAAUAAGAUAAAAUAUUAAAAAAAGAAAGCACUGGGUUUGGAAACGGUGGUCUUGGGUUAAAAUUCCAUUUUUUAUGAGCUAUGUGAUCUGCUACAGUAGAAAGCAACGACAGGCACUUAAUACAGGUUUAUUGACUAACUAACUGGAAUUAGAGAGACUGGGUUCAAAUUCCCACACUGCAGAGUAUAGUAUCUCUGUGCUCUUGCAUAAGGCCCUCUCUGACCCCUGGUUCUUCAUCUGUAUAAUAAAAAGUUGAAUUAGAAUGGUUUCUGAGAUCCUUUCCAGCUCUGGAGCCAGGAUCCCUAGGUUUGGUGUUUGUGGGAUCCUUGGGCUGUGCGUCCAACUUUGUGUGAAGUGUAUGUGUCUGGGGAGGAUUGUUGCUACAGGCACGCAAUGAAUACCAGAGGGAGAUGGGCAACUUGUUUGUAUGAGCCUGUUUGCCUGGCUGGUCCUCUGUUUUAGAGUGUGCGUCAUCCUUGGAGCGUGUCUGUCUCUGCCUAGGCCUGUUGGUCCCGUCGCUAGUGUCGUCAUGGUACGAGCCCAAAAUAGCUUCGGCUCCGCCUCCACCUUCGAGCAGCCUCUGCUGCCUGCCUUUCUUCCCUCCCACUCCCACCCCCACCCCAUCCCGUCUCCCAGGCAGGCUGGGCGCCAGCUAUUCGCAGUCUAGUAGCUUCCUUACCUCCAGCGCAUGCUCGGGCCCUUUGGCUAAGCUAGCGCUGGGCCGAGCUGCGCAGUUCGGGAGCCAGAGCCGGGAGCGGAGGCUGCCAAUCUUCAUUAGGGACAGAUAGACAGACGUGCUGCUAUGGAAUCUUCCUACUACGAGAUCCUGAAUGUGCCUCCAAACGCCUCCCCUGAUGACAUCAAGAAGGCCUAUAGAAAGAAGGCACUAGAAUGGCAUCCAGAUAAGAAUCCUGAUAACAAGGAUUAUGCUGAGCAGAAGUUUAAGGAAGUUGCAGAAGCCUAUGAAGUGCUUUCUGACAAGAAUAAGCGGGAUAUCUAUGACCGCUAUGGCAAAGAAGGACUCUCUGGGACUGAUUCAGGAGGUCCGUGGGCUGGAUCCAGGGGAUUCUCCUUUACUUUCCGAAAUCCUGAUGAAGUCUUCAGGGAAUUUUUUGGAAACCAAGACCCAUUUUCUGAAAUGUUUGAUGACCGAGGCCUAGGACAGGGCCCAACGAGUCGUAGAACCUUCUUUUCCUUUGGGUCUCCCUUCUCUUCCCAUCCAGGCUUCGCUUCAUCCUUUUCCUUUGGUACUGGAGCCCAUGCCCUACGUUCUGUGUCCACCUCUACCACUUAUGUGGACGGUCGUCGAAUUACAACUCGACGAAUCAGGGAGAAUGGAGAGGAACGGGUAGAGAUUGAGGAAGACGGGCAGCUAAAGUCAGUCCUUGUCAAUGGAGUCCCUGACGAUUUGGCACUGGGCCUGGAGCUCAGUCGUAGAGAACAGAUGCAGUUGGACAGUGAGUCUAGUGAUUCUCUGCCCAGGGCAUUCCGUACUUUAGGCAUCUCAGACAGUGAGCCUUCUGAUGAAGAUGAGGACAUGCAGCUUGCCAUGGCCUAUAGCUUAUCUGAGCAAGAGGCAGCAGACAAGCACACAGGUGGUCGUCGGGUUAGCCAACGGCAUGUAGGUCCUGGGACUUGGACUCAGGAGGCAACCCAGAAGAAGUCUCCAGGUGGGCAGCGGGCCAGUCCACGACUCCGGAAUACUGGGACCCGGGCCCAGGAUGGAGCUGAGAAGAAGUCUGCAGGUGGGAGGCGGACCAGCCCACGACUUGGAAGUCCUGGGACCCGGGGCCAGGAAUCACCCCAAAAGAAGUCUGCAGGUGGGCAUCGGGCCCACCAAUGGCAGGGAAGUCCUGAGGCCUGGGACCAGGAUUGGGAUGUGGGGAUGGUUCAAGAAGGAGCCCAGGGAGAGUCCAGAGAGCCCAGCCUGGCCUCUGAGGAUAAGGCAUCUCGCUGUAUCAUCCUCUGAAAACUUUGAGAAGUUCUCUUCUCACAGCUGGGGCUCAGCUCACACCCCCCUAACACUGUCUAAGCCUCCAUGGCUCCCUGGGCUUCCCUUCUUAACCAUUAGCCCUGUUUUGGGCGUGAGUCCGCUAUGGCCAUAGGGUUUUCUGCUGCUCUUGCUUCUGUUGUUGCUUAUGCCCAGCACAGAAGAAUCAGGCUCUGUCAGAUGAGAACUGGGCCUAGUCACUGAGGAGGAAAAGGUCCUCUGGAGGAAGGAGAUUAUCCUUGGGCAGGGGUCAGUGGGGUCCUUAGGAAGGGCUCAUCCUGGAGUUAUUGGGGAGCCUGUCUGGGGUGGGGCAUACUUUGUGGUCUGGGAGAGUUUGUCUUAGAUUGAUGGUGGUGAGGAAUGCGGUGAAUAUCAACCUUUGUUCCUCUUGUGCAGUUGUAGACCAUCUACCCCUUGCCACUUGGGUGGCUCUGGGGUGAGGCCUCAGGUGCAGUGAUGAGAUCUGACUGUCUCUGUUGCUUGCCUCCUGCAAUUCCUUGAAGCUGUACCCGCUGCCUCCUUCCUCAGACAUCUCUCUCUCUCUCUUUUUUCCCCUAUUCCCUGCUGUCUGGCUGGCUAAGAUACCCCUCCAUUUCCCUCUUCCCCCAAAAGGCCUUGACACUGAUUGAGGAAGAAGCUGGAAGGGCCAUGGGUCUUCAGGGUAGGUUGGCUAAGGUGGCUAGAGUACAUUCAGUAGUCCCUUGACUCUGAAACCAGCUCCAGUCCAUUCCCUUCUUCCUCUAGCUGUUCCAUCCCCUGUUGGGCUUUUGCACUGGAGAAUAGAGGUUUCCAGAAGAUAGGGGGGUGGUCUGGGGUAAGGGAUGAUCACCAAGGCUUGGCCCAGAUGGGGACCCCUCCUUUGAUCCCCAGGAUGAAGCUUCAGGGGGACCCGUAUACUUGGCUGCUCUGCUGUACUCCAGGCUGCUUGGCGCUGACCCGUUCUUUCCUGUAUCCCCUGCUCUCUCCCCAGAUGUAUUCUGAACUGGAUGUCCAGGACCCAAAGCCGUCGCAAAGCCCCUCCAGGAUGUCGCCCUUCCCUGGGUGCAGGGUGGGGGGAUUCCCCUCCAUUCCUCCCCCCCAUCCAUGCUGAGCUCUGAGCCAUGUCCUGGAAGGUGUGCUUCAGGGGCAGGGGGGAGGCGGGCUUAGUAGCGGUAGACCACAGACUUCCCAGGGGGAUGUGUUCAGUAGCCCUUGGAAACUACGUGUCCCAUAAUGCUAUGUACCCCUUCAUAGAUUGCCUGGGUGAAAGUGUAAGUGGUGUUGGAAGCAAUGCAUGUUAGGACAUGCAGUUUCCACUAGUACCAGCCACGGGCUGCCUCUCCAGCCCUGUGACGGCACAGAGGGAUCCUUAUCCCUCGAAGAGGUGGAGAACGGGUGGGUACAUCGAGGAAGGUGGGGAGUCCCGGGUUGGAGUUCGCCGGCUGAGCCCCUAGGCUCUUUCGACUCGGUUUCAUCAUUGGAUUCCACUAGUUGGGGGAGGAGGAGGAGGAAUCGAUCCCUCAGAAAUGGGGUGGGGGGGGGAGAGAAGGGGAGGGAGAAGCUCUAUUCAUCUGCGCCAGGAAAACAAAGCAGCCACACCCCCAACGAGUGCCUGAAGGGCAGCGGGACCAGCUGACCAAGAAGAGGCCUCUGAAGGCUGAGUGGCGGCGGCGGCGGCGGCGGCGGCGGCGACGGCGGCGGCGACGGCAGCGGCGGCAUGGCGUGGCGUGGCGUGGGGAGGGGUAGGGGAAGGGGAACAAUCGGGUUUUUGUUGGGUGCGGUGUGGCGUUAGGAAUGGGGUGCGGAAUGGGAAACUGGAACUGGUCCCCACAGGCUGUGAGUGUGAGUUGUGCUUGGGACAGCCGAAUGAUGGUGGUGAAGGGUUUGUCGCUGCAUGUAUGGCCCUCAGCCUCUAACGCGUUCCCGUUCGUGAUGACGCGAGCUGCCCUUCCUCUUUCUGGCCGAGUGGAGGCUCAGAGGGGAGGAGGUGGGGGUGGAGGAAGUAUGAGCGCCCCACUAGGUCUGGCUUGGGAGAGCCUGCUGGGUCCCUGUGUGCUUAGCCCAGAUUCACAAAAGAAACACUGGAGUCCAAUAAAGCUGAUAUUCGAAGACUGCA